CAUGAUUUCACUAAAUAAAAUUCUAUGGUAUAUGUUUGAAAACCAUUUUCUUUAUUUGUAUAUGUCAGAAACACAGCUUCUCCUCAAAGGAAUAGAUAAAGCUAUACAUACUCUUCAUAGAUUUCAAAAGCAAUGGAGUCUCAACUGCAUGUAACUUUUCUUCCAUUUCCAACUCCUGGCCAUAUGAUUCCUAUGAUAGACACAGCAAGACUAUUUGCCAAACAUGGUGUUAAUGUUACCAUCAUCACUACACAUGCUAAUGCUUCAACCUUCCAAAAAGCGAUAGACAGUGACUUCAAUUCAGGAUACUCCAUCAAGACUCAUCUUAUUCAGUUCCCUUCAGCUCAAGUUUGUCUUCCAGAUGGUGUUGAAAAUCUCAAAGAUGGAACUUCCUCAGAAAUUCUUGGUAAAAUAGCUCAAGGAAUAAUGAUGCUUCAAGAUCAAAUUGAAAUUCUGUUUCAAGAUCUUCAACCAGAUUGUAUAAUAACUGAUAUGACUUAUCCUUGGACAGUUGAAUCAGCUGCAAAACUAAACAUUCCAAGGAUUUACUUUUACAGCUCAAGCUACUUCUCCAAUUGUGCGAGCUAUUUUGUUAGAAAGUAUAGACCUCAUGAUAAUUUAGUUUCUGAUACACAGAAAUUUACCGUUCCUUGUUUGCCUCAUACAAUUGAGAUGACACCUUUGCAGCUAGCUGAUUGGAUUAGGGUUAAGACUUCAGCAACAGGUGCAUUUGGUGCAAUGUUUGAAUCAGAGAAAAGAAGCUUUGGAACACUAUACAAUAGUUUUCAUGAACUAGAAAGUGAUUAUGAGAAACUUGGUAAAACUACAAUAGGGAUCAAAUCUUGGAGUAUAGGACCGGUUUCAGCAUGGAUUAACAAAGACGAUGAUAAAGGAUACACGGAAAAGAACAUUGGAAAAGAUCAAGAAUUGGUAAAUUGGCUUAAUUCUAAGGAAAACGAGUCUGUGUUGUAUGUAAGUUUUGGAAGCCUUACUAGGCUUUCUCAUGAACAGAUUGCUGAAAUAGCUCAUGGUCUUGAAAAUUCUGGUCAUAAUUUCAUUUGGGUUGUUAGAGAAAAGGAUAAAGAUGAUGGUGAAGAAGGUUUUCUGAUAGAUUUUGAGAAAAGGAUGAAAGAAAGCAAAAAGGGCUAUAUCAUAUGGAAUUGGGCCCCACAGCUUCUGAUAUUGGAUCACCCUGCAACAGGAGGAAUUGUGACUCACUGUGGUUGGAACUCAAUUCUUGAAAGCUUGAAUUCUGGUUUGCCAAUGAUAACAUGGCCAAUAUUUGCUGAACAAUUUUACAAUGAGAAGCUGCUUGUUGAUGUUUUGAAGAUUGGAGUCGCGGUUGGAUCAAAAGUGAACCAGUUUUGGCUUAGCAUUGGUGAAGAGGUAGUGGUGAGAAGGGAGGAGAUAGUGAAGGCUGUUGAGAUAUUGAUGGGAAAUGGCCAAGUGAGCAAAGAAAUGAGGAUGAGAGCAAAGAAGCUUGGUGAUGCUGCCAAGAAGACUAUAGAGGAAGGUGGAGAUUCUUACAACAACUUGAUUCAGUUGAUUGAUGAGCUAAAAUCAUUGAAGAUUGCUAGAGAACUUGAAAAAACCAGAUUAGAUAAUUGAAUUUGAGGAUGAGUUGAUGACAUUAAUUUAAUAUUAUUGCUCUACGAGUUGCAGCUGGUGUGAUUUUAUAAAAGUUUUUUGGUUUUGUAACAUGAUCACUAAUACAUUUACAUGUUUUAGUAAACAUUCACCU